CAUGAGAUUUCCCGCCAAGACCGACUUGGGUUUCGCGGCCCAUUUCUUGCCUCUCAACGAUCCCUCUCUGCGGCGGAUGUUUUCAUUGCCUGGCCAAGUUUAUUUUGUUUUUGAGUGUCUAAGGCUGUGUCGAGAAGGAAGCGAAGAUGUAUGUCAAGGUGCGAACGAUGGACGGCAGUCAGACUGCUAUAAUAACUAUCUCAAAGUUGACCACCGUGGAAGAUUUCCGUGAAAUGAUCCUGGAGAAAAUGAACGUGACAGCCGAGAGACAACGACUAUUUUAUCGGGGAAAGCAGAUGGAAAAUGGACACACUCUAUUUGACUACAACAUCAAUAUCAAUGAUGUGAUUCAACUCAUGAUAAAGCCAGUCCUCUCAGAGAUCAACUCCAAUGUGCAGGCCAAAGCAUCCUCAGCAAAGCGGGAGGGAGAACAGGCUGACAAGGAGAAUACUAAGAAAAAUUCAGAUGUGCAGGAGAGUCAAUACUACAGGGUGGGAGAUUUGAUUGAUGCGAAAUCUUUGUUCGAUGGAACCUGGUGGGAAGCCAAAAUUAACAAAAUUACAGUAAAUCCUAAAACUAAGGAGAUGUCUGAUGAAGAUGAUGGUAUGCUUUACCAUGUCACACAUGAAGGGUUUGAGGAUGACCUGCCUGAAGAGCUGUUGCUGAAGCACAUUCGACCAAGAGCCUUUCAGAAAGUCAAAUUUCAGGAUGUUUGUAAAGGAGACCUUAUUAUGGCUAACUAUAACAUAGAAAAUCCAGAAGAAAGAGGACACUGGUAUGAUUGCAAAGUUUCAAAGGUUAUGAAUUCAAGGACCCAGAAGGCAGUGGUUGCAACUGUAUUCAUUGGAGCAGACUCCUCACUAAUGGAUGACUGUCACAUACGCUUUGUUGAUGAACUCUUUAGAAUAGAAAAAAAUAUUAAGUUAGACGAGAGGAAUGGCGAUAUGGAGAGAAGAAUCGUUGAAGGGUCUCCUGUUAAGCGUAAAAAUGCACCAAACUGCGCAACAUGUAAGGACAACCCAAAGCGCAAAUGUAAGGAAUGUGGUUGCCAUGAAUGCGGUGGAAAAGAGAAUCCAGAGAAACAGCUCAUGUGUGACGAGUGCGACAUGCCCUACCACAUAUACUGUCUCACUCCACCCAUGGAAGCCAUACCUGAUGUGGAUGAGUGGUUCUGUCCAUUGUGUAAGAAUGAUGAUUCAGAAAUUGUCAGAGCUGGUGAAAAGUUGAAGGAUAGCAAGAAGAAAGCAAAAAUGGCUUCUGCUAAAGGCAACACAUCACGUGAUUGGGGGAAGGGAUUCGCCUGUGCAGGAAGGCAAAAAGUUUGUACUAUUGUUCCACAAAAUCACUUUGGAGCAGUCCCAGGUGUUGAAGUGGGAACAAUGUGGAAGUUCAGGUUACAGGCAUCAGAAGCUGGAGUACAUCGUCCACAUGUUGCAGGAAUUCAUGGACGAGAGAAUGAAGGGGCUUACAGCAUAGUUCUUUCUGGAGGUUAUGAAGAUGACGAAGAUAAUGGAGAAAGUUUCACGUACACAGGCUCUGGAGGCCGUGAUCUCUCUGGCAACAAAAGAACAGCUGAACAAUCUAGUGAUCAGCUCUUGACUAGGAUGAACAGAGCUUUAGCUCUGAAUUGUAAUACACCCAUAAACAAGAAUGGAGCUGAGGCAAAGGAUUGGCAAAAGGGGAAACCUGUACGUGUUAUCCGGAACUGCAAAGGGAGAAAGCAUUCAGAAUAUGCUCCAGAAGAAGGAAAUAGGUAUGAUGGACUUUAUAAAGUUGUGAAGUACUGGCAAGCAAAAGGGAAAAGUGGAUUCAAAGUGUGGCGGUACCUCUUACGAAGGGAUGACCCUAUUCCCGCCCCAUGGACUAAAGAAGGUAGAAAGAGAACACAGGAACUAGGUUUAGAGUUGGAGUAUCCAGAGGGCUACCUUGAAGCUCAAAAGGAGAAAGAGGAAUCUGCAAAGAAGGAGAGAGAUGCAUCAUCUGGAAGUGAUGAUGAAGGAAAACAGAAGAAAAAGAAUUCCAAGAGAAAGAAGAGCAUGGAGACUGAGGCAGAGAAAUCUGAAAAUACACCUUCAAAGUCAAAGAAAAGAAAAACUACAGGAUGUUCUUUGGAAAAGGAAAUUGAAAAACUGAUUGCCAAAGAUGAAAGUAACCAUAAACUUUGGGAAGAGAGUAAACAGCUCUUAAAAGAGGGACGAUCAAGCUUUUUGAAUGCAGUAGAGGAAAGAUUCUUGUGCAUCUGCUGUCAAGAACUUGUAGUGAAACCAGUUACUACAGAGUGUAAACACAAUGUCUGUCAGGCAUGCAUACAGAGAUCUUUUAAAGCUGAAGUCUUUUCAUGUCCAGCAUGUAGAUAUGAUUUAGGUAAAGGAUAUGCAAUGACAAUUAAUAAACCAUUAAGCGAGUGCCUAAUUAAACUCUUUCCUGGCUAUGAUGUUGCACGUUAGUAUGUUGUUUAAGAACGAAAGAAUUCCUUCAUUUAUGUCAUUGACAUUUCUGACUAUUUUUGCACACAAGAAUUAUCUUAUUUAAAGUAAAUUUCUAGUUACUAUUUAAUGACAUUGAUUUCUUCCUGUCAUUUAAUCAGUAUUUUGAAUUCUAAAGGAAGUUUAUGUAUUCCAUUUUUUCCAUGUAUUUUCCAAAGUAUAUCCAUUUGUAAAAUCAUUCAUUUCUAACCUAAUUUAUCAGAUAGUUGUGCUUUGGUUCAUAGUUUGCCUUGGUAUGUUUCAGAUGUUUAUUUAGAAAAAUAGUGGUAACUGAUGUCUUUGUAUUUACCAUCUAGUUCUUUCAGCAUCUCCAGUUAUAUUUUGAGAAGACAUUGAAAGCUAUGCUACAUUCCUUUUUUUGUGGAGGGAUUCUGUGUAUAUACAUCCCAGUGCCGAUAGGUAUUUUUAUAAUCUUCAAAGAAGGAGUUUUUACUUUUUUGGUACUUUCUUUAUUUACAGUAUGUUAUCUUUUGAAGUUGGAAAUGUAAUAUUAGACAUCCAAAGUCCUCUAGACAGUGUGUACUAGUAGAAGGAAAAAAUUGUUACACAUGUACACAUGCUCACACAUAUACACGUGCACACAAUUUUUAAAAUUAUUAUCAGUAUUUUAUUUUCUUCCUAACAUUUAGUUUUUAUGCCAUCAUCCAUAGUUCAUUAUGUAUCACAUGUAAAUAAAUAUAGAUAAUGGAAGUUCUGUAAUUGACUAAUAAAAGAAAUUGUAAAGUCAUAUGCUGAAGUUCUAUGAUAGUACCCAGUCCUUAGAGCAGGGGUUCCCAACCUGGGGGCCAUGGGGUACUUUCUGGUGAGCUAUGGAGCAAUAUGGUAAUUAUGACAUUGCUUUGAACAGGAUUUUGUCUUGCCUACAGUACCUACAAAUAUUUCUCUCUCACAUAUCAGUAAAUUGGAAUCUUUCCAUAUAGUGUUCUUGUCCUGUAGCUAUUGGCUCCAGAUAUAUGGUUUCAAUAACUUGAAUCUCGAAAGAUGAGACACUGAACAGGGCCAUGGAUAUUAUCAUAUACUGGUUGGGCCCACAGAACAGAAAAGAUUGGGAAACACUGCCUUAGAGGAUCAAAAAAUGAGCAUAUUCCUCCAGUUUAUUUGCAGUUGACAUGGAAAAUACAAAGUAAGUCUUUCUGCUACACUAUUUUACCUCUAAAGGACCAGUAAAAUGCAAUUUUGUCUACUGUAGUAUGGAUGAAUCAAAUUUUUAAAUGACUUUUGUCAAGUUUCAUCCAGUGCACAUAUCCUUGAGAAAGAGUUAUGUAUUUCAUCUCUUAAUGGUUAGUGGGUAAUAUGUAAUACAAAACACUUUUGUUUUAUAAGCAUUUACUUCAUAGCCUAAAAUACACUCACCACAUUUUUUCCCCCUAGCUUUUAUUUUUGGAUAAUAAACAUCAUUUGCCAAUCUUGUCAUACUCAUUUAUACUUGAACAUAUAUUUGGCAAAAACCUAAAUAGUAGCCUCAUAAUUCUGGUUGUCCACAUAUUUUCCUAUAAAAAUCUAGAGAAAAGCAGAAAAGAAAAAAAACUGGGCCGAAUUAAACUUGACAGCAUGCAAGUCAUAUAGUGUAUCCCAAACAAAAAGAAUAUAGCCAAGUGAUAUAUGACCUGCAUUAGAAACAGUUGACCAGAUACUGUUUGCAAUGUCUAGUAAUCAUAGGAGAAUGCUAUGACCAUCUAUUGUCUGGAGUAAAUGAAGAUGUGCUACCUUGUGUAAACAAUUUACUGUGAAUGGAGAAUCAACAGUAGAGCACUAAAUGUUAAAUUAUUCAUCCAGAAGAAUCCAGUAACAAAAUAAAAUCAAGAGAUAAACACUACCAAUAUAUAAAUAUGGAUUUUAAUUUGGCAUUACAUAUGUAGAUUGUAAUAUUGAUUUUACAUGGUUAAAACUUCAGGAUAAUUUCAAGGUUUGGGAAUGUUACAGAAAAGAGAAUAGGCGGCAGUUAUCUUUUUGGUACACAAACUUUGUAGUGUACCUGCCACAUUUGUUGAUAUGCGAACAGACAUCACUGGUGAAAUAUUAGAAAAAAAGGAAAACAGCCUAAAAAAUAGUGUGUUCAUCAGUGCAACAACAAUUGCCUGUAAGAAAACUGGUUGAACUAUGCCAAGAAUUAGUAAACAGUUAAGGAAAGUAAUAUGAAAAAAAUCCUUACAUAAUCACAAACCAGCAUAAUGAGGCAAUUUGAAUAACAAAUGAGCUUUCAGGCUUAACUGGGCACUUCAGUCAUUCAUAAAUUUACGAAUUAUGCAUUAUGCUCCAAGUUUAGAAUACCACAAAGCAUUUUUCCUCCUAUGGACAUCCUCUUACUUGAUUCAUUUCAUUUAAUACUAGAGGUAAGUGAUAAUUUUCUUGUGUUGUUUUUUUUUCUUAUUUUGGAGUUUCUCUUGUACUGAUUUUUCCUCCAAGGUUACUGCCCAUCCAAAUUUCCUAGUGCUAAAACUGAAUUUUCUAUUCUUUUAAGUGAUGGCUAGAGCUGUCUGCCUCUGUGGUUUAUUAUAUUGAACUUAAGCAAUUGAAAUUGAUAUCAUGAAUCAUUAAUAAUUUUGAUAACAGCCACAAUACUAAUUUGAUAACAUUACUGAAGUACUCCACUUUAAGCUUGCUACUUCAGUAACUUCAGCAUUCUUACUUUUCCAUUCACUCAUAUAUUAUUUCACCUGUUCUUUCCUUGUUUUUCUCCUUCUCAUUCCCCACUCUCUCCCUCGCAACCCUUUCCUUCAUUCAUUCAUUGUCUCGGCUCUUUCUGUCUGGCUGCUUGAACUGUAGGUAUCAGUAGCUUCCAUGUCCACUACUGGAUCAUCCUAAUUCUAGAGCUCAAACUGAUUACAUUCUACUGUUAGCUCUUGUGCUACAUGCAUCAUCAUGAACAUUAAACAGAUCUAUGAAAGUAUCAAUAACAUCCCUAUCACAGACACAGUAGCAGCAUUGGCUUAUCAUCUGUGAUAUCAUCAAGGCUUUUUGCAUGCAUCUUUCUUUGAUACACACUUGGCUCAGCAGGGUGAUUUUUAUCAAAAUUACUUUUCAUAUUAAAUUUAUUUGUUGAUGAGUAUUAUCAAAUUGUACAACAGAUUAUAUAUUGUCAAUAUAAAUAUACAACUGUCAAUCACUUGCUUAGUUAGUGUCUUCCCUUAGAACUGUAGGCAAGGUGUUUUUUUUUCUCACUAUUGCAAGUUUAUAUAUAUUUUUAAUUUCAUAUAGUUCCAUUUAGUUUCAAUAAAUGCAAGUAAAUCCUCCAACUGGUAAAUUUUAAAAAGUGAGGCUCAACAUUAUAUCAAAUUUCAUAUAUACUGUAAUCCCUUGAGAUGAUAUUGAUUAAACUCUUAGCUCUCUAUAUAGUAUGUUCAUACAUAUCUAAGAAAUGCUCUUUGACAAAGUUAAAAUACUUGGCAAACAACUCUACUUAUGCAGUGCAGAAUGGCAUACGAUGAAGUGUAUUGAUUUAAAGUAUUGGGUAAGUUUCAUAGACAAUAUUUACAUUUUUACAUAAACUUAAAUGAUAAAAGACAGUGAAACCCAUACUCUUUUUUAUCAUUUAUGCUCCAUGAGUUUUUUUCCCAACUGCCUUUUCCAUAACUUUUUCUCAUUUGAUACUUCAUAUUGUCACUUAACAUCAUUUUAAUUACAAAUAAAUAAAUAAUUGAUUGAUUUGAUAUUUUUCAAUUUUCAUAUCAAAUGAGCACAUUUUCAUACCAUCUGAGCAGUGUUAAUCUUUAAUGUAUUGCUAUACACAACAAAGAAAAAACUGAUAAUGAACAGCAAAAAAGGUCAGCUUUAUUAGCAACAUACCAGUAAGAAACUCAACCCUGACUAUAUCUACUUUCAAGGCUCAUUACACCACACACACAUUUGUCAGUGGAAGCUUUGUGACCCUGCCAAUAUUGCCAGAACCCAAGUCAUUACAGACAUUUUUGUCAGAUAAAUACUGCACUGAUUAUCAUGUAUGUUGCUAUUUAUAUACAAGUUCCAUGGCACAAGAAAUUCCUAAGUUAAUUUCAAAUUGAUCUUUGAGCUGUUAUUGUUUGCAGUAAUGAAAAUUAAAAAUACAGAAUGUUGAUAUAUUUAUUAUAAAGUUCAAAAAAAAAAAAAAAAAAUGCAGUCAUCUGACACCAUAUUUGGAAUAAUAAAAACUUUAUUUGUAACCUUAGACACUGGAAGGUAUUACACAUUUCUUUUUGGAAUAUUUUCUUAUCAACAGAAAUUGAAGUUUUCUUCAGAUAAUAUUAGCCAUGAAAACCAAGUUUAAAUCAGUUAAUUAUGCAUCUAGCAGUUGACAAAAAUACAAGUUUAGGUGUAUGGUUUUUCAUAUGCAGGCUUAAAACAAAAUGCUAAUUUUAUUUCUGAACCUAGGAUAAUAUAGAAAACUGAAGGCUUGUCCACACAAGAGGGUAUGAUCGGUAGGCACCUGUAAAGAUGAUGUUACAGGCAAGAAAACAUUAACUCUGCUUACCAAGCAGUUUGUUCGUCUGUGAUAUCAUCUCCACUCAUGCCCAUUGAUCAUAUAAAUUUGUGUGAAGACUGAUGAAAAAUUCUUAAUUGAUGAAAACUAAAUUUUUAACCAUUUUCACUGAAGGGGAAAAAAUCUACAAAUGCAACCUCAAUUCUUGAACAAAAUACUGUAUGCAAGGAUUCAUAUUAUUUAAUUUCCUAUGAAGAAGACUUUAGCAAGACCCUAAACUGGCGUCAAAUUUCAGAGGACUAUCUUUUGCAUUCCCAAAUAAAGUAAAACAGCAUAAAGAUAGAACUGCAGCUUCAUCCUAUGUCAAUAACUGUAUGCAUACAGUAUUAAACUUGUAAGGUUCAAAUCAUCUAACUUUAUAUCAUUGGUCAAAAUAUUAGAAACAAUGUAUUAAUUCUAGGUACCAUAAUCCUGUUUUCAAUCUUUUAUUUCUUAUUUUGCAAAAAGAUCAAUCAUUUUGCUUGUCAUUUGUUCAUAUUUCAAAUCUUUGUUUAUGUAUAAAGCACACUAAUAAAUUCUGAAAAAAUUUAUUGAAUUUUUGAACCUUCAUGUAUAUUCAUAAGUAUAUUCAUUGUGCCCAAGACCGUAACUGUUGUCAAUUCUUAAUAUAUAAUGCCAUCAUCUAGCAACAGAGUAAACUUGGGUAGCAUGGAGCAAGCUGAAGCCAAACAUGCAAAGUAAGAAAAAAAAAAAAAAAAAAAAAAGUAAAGAAAGAAAAU